GAGAUUCACGGCAUUGUUAAGACUUGGUCAUCUUUGUCAAUGGUGCCUCACUGUCUCUUACCAAUUUAUCAUAAAAUUAACUAUUUUAGGACAAUAAUGGUUUUAUAUUAUAUAACCUUUUUUCUAUAACCUCUCUCUCUUUCCUUUUCCCUGCUACCUAUUCUCUUUCAAGAGGCAGGGCAAUUGGGAGUGCUUUCAAUUUUCUGCCCUGCAUGAUAUGAGUGCUUGAUUCUUCUAUCGUUGGCUUCAACUCCUCUACAUAAUAAGCAGAAGAAAUCAAACAUAACGACAUCAUGUCAGAACCUUUGGCUUCUGGGAAUGGUUCUUUUAAGAAGAAAGCAAUGAAUGCCUCAAACAUUCUCAGGAAUUCUUUGGCAAAAAAGGGUAGGCGAAGUAGUAAGGUCAUGUCUGUUGAAAUUGAGGAUGUUCAUGAUGCCGAGGAGUUGAAAGCUGUUGAAGAGUUCCGUCAAGCUCUUAUAUCGGAAGACCUCCUCCCUGAGAAACAUGAUGACUAUCAUAUGAUGCUUAGAUUCCUUAAGGCCAGGAAAUUUGAAAUUGAUAAAUCAAAGCUGAUGUGGUCUGACAUGCUGAAAUGGAGGAAGGAAUUCGGUGCUGACACUAUUGCGGAGGAAUUUGAAUUCAAGGAAAUUGAUGAAGUAUUGAAAUAUUAUCCACAAGGACAUCAUGGUGUAGAUAAAGAAGGACGGCCUGUGUAUAUAGAAAGAUUAGGACAAGUCGAUGCGACCAAGAUGAUGCAAGUCACAACCAUGGAUCGCUAUAUCAAAUACCAUGUAAAGGAGUUUGAGAGGACAUUCGAUGUAAAGUUUGCGGCUUGUUCCAUUGCUGCCAAGAAGCACAUCGAUCAAAGUACGACUAUCCUGGAUGUGGAGGGAGUGGGGCUUAAAAGCUUCAGCAAACAUGCUAGGGAACUUGUUACUCGCAUUCAGAAGGUUGAUGGUGACAACUAUCCAGAGACCUUGAAUCGCAUGUUCAUCAUCAAUGCAGGUUCUGGAUUUAGAAUACUGUGGAACACUGUAAAAUCCUUCCUUGAUCCCAAGACCACAGCAAAAAUCAAUGUUCUUGGCAACAAGUAUGAUAGUAAGUUGCUUGAAAUAAUUGACGAAAGUGAAUUGCCUGAGUUUUUAGGAGGUAAAUGUAAAUGCGCUGAUGAAGGAGGAUGUAUGCGUUCGGAUAAGGGCCCAUGGAAAGAUCCUGAAAUUCUGAGGUUGGUUGAGAAUGGGGCUCACAAAUGUUCAAAAAAAUCUGAGUCUAACGUUGACGAAGAGAAAACAGCUUCUGAGGACCACACAGCUUCCAAGUUGGAGGAAAAUCUCACCACCUCACAAGUUUCUCCGAUUUCUGAAGAGGUCCCUGCUACUAAAGCUUCCAAGCACGAGGAUCCAAUCCCGGUAGUUGAUAACAAAACUGCUCAGAAAAAAGUUGACGAGACAGACCCAAUGGCAACCUCAGAAGAGUUUGUGACUGUCAUGAAACGCAUGACUGAGUUGGAACAGAAAAUGACAAACAUUAAUCAUCAGCCUGUUGUAAUGCCACCUGAGAAGGAGGAAAUGCUACAUAAUACUAUUAAUCGAGCUGAUUUAUUGGAAAAAGAACUCUUGGCGACCAAGAAGGCUUUAGAGGAUUCACUGGUUAAGCAAGAGGAGAUUUCGGCUUAUGUUGAGCAGAAAAAACAGAAUAGAAGAAAGUGUUUUUGUUUCUGGUAAAUUAGAAUUGAGGAUGCUCAACAAAGCAUGAUGUCAAGAGAUUAGCAGGAGAUUGACUUUCACAUUCUGCCAUUCAAGAGACUUCCCAAAUGCCUUUUUACAUAUAUGUUCCAACAACAACAUGUGAACUAGUAAAUUUACAAAACAUGAAGAAAAGGAUAUGCUCAAUAUAUGAAUUAUGCAAAUCAGAAUUUUUGUCUCUUUUAGGAUAAGAUCAAUUGAUUUCUAUGUAUAUAUUAUAGGUCUAUGAACAUUAUGCAAAGCAGUCCUAUAUUGUGUAUGCAUUGGAAUCAAUAUCUAGUACAAAAUUAGAGUGUAUGUUUUUAUGGCCAAGUCUAUGGUGCACAAAGGGAAUAUGUCUUGCAUUAUGCAUAAGGUUGUUUCUACUAUUGAGUCUCAUAUUAAAUUAAAUGAAAUAUGAUGAGAUUUAAUGAUUCAAUAGUUGAAAAUAAACUUGUGCAUGGUGUAAUACUAUUUUGCUUGUACACGUUAGACAAAAUCGUUUCUAUAUACAUGAAUAUUAUGCUCCCGCAAAAGCGCUAGGGAGGAAGAGUUGAACUGGCCAAAUGUGUGCAGACAGCAGACACAAUGAGUGAACUCUUGUCUUGCCCUUUUAAUGAAAAUAUGGUAAUUUUUUACAAUUAA